UGCCGUGUCGAUUUGCCGCAGUACGAAUAAUAACAGUACGUUGCAUUGUAUGCCGAUAUUUCAGCACAAAAUCCGUGUUUGUUUAAUAAAAACUACGAUUAUACUGUUGGAUAGUAACAAGACGCUGUAAUAACCCUCCUUCUUCUUUGUUUUCCUUUUGUUUCCACGUUUUCGUUCCUUUAUUUUGACCGGGAAAACGCCGGGUGGGAAUUCGGUGUUACACGCAUAACGUUCGGUGUUAUUUCAUUGCUUUGUGAAGAUUGAGAACUAUUUGGGAUUGGGACGUUGUGUUUUGCUGUUUUGGCGUAUAAGUUUGGUUUACUUUAUUUUUUAUAAGGACGCCGAAUAGAGGUGUGGUGUCAACACGUGGGUUAUCGAUCGGUUGGCGUGCUGACUCAGGUACCUUCAUACAUUCCAGCUUGUUAUUUUGGUAAUUUAUCAACCAAGCUGAAAAUAAUUAAGGUACUAAGAAUAAUCUCUGAAAGGCGGAUAACUACUCGUAUAAAUAAACUGUUGGGAUUGGGAUUGAUUGGGAGACGUUGACUUGUGUAAAACAAAAGAUUUACAUUGUCUAAAGGUGAACGAACGUGCUCCAUUCAGCGUUCCACAGUUUCUGAGAAAGAAACCACGCUGGCUACCGACAAUGAAUUAGAUAUCGAACAAACGAUAUCGAAACGUAAGUUUCUCGAGCAUUUGCAAAGAAGUGAAACAGUCUGGUGUCCCGGACAAUUGAGGGAUGCCGGUUUCCUGAAGAUGGCCUCACGCACCCCGUCCCUUGAGUCGCUGCCCGGUGCCAACUCUAUAGGUUCGCUAGAGCGUGGCUCUUUAUCGCCCCUGACCCUCAGUGGCUCUUCGCCCCCUGCAAGUGAUUCCGCCGUAUGUGACCUUCGCGAGUACGACGGACUCGAUACAACCUGCGCAAUCUGCCGAGAAACAUUCGUCGACCCAAAAGUAUUAAACUGCUUUCACACCUUCUGUCGAGCUUGUCUGGAGAGGGAACAAACGCACCCAGACAAAGUUACCUGUGUUACUUGCCGGGUAGACAGCUCGCUCCCUCCUGGUGGUGUACCCGGUCUCCUCACCAACUUGGUGAUAGCAGCAGCCGUUGAACAGGACGCUGAUCUUCUGCCAUCUACUCGUCAGACCAACUCGCCUUCGGCUCGUUGCACGGGCUGUAAAUCAAAGGAAUCAGACGCCGUAGCGCGUUGCGUUGAUUGCGCUAAUUUCCUUUGCCCAAACUGCGUCAUGGCGCACCAAUUUAUGCACUGCUUCGAAGGCCAUCGUGUUCUGGCAUUUACUGAUCUGAAAGACGAUAAGGGUAUGCUUGGAUCUCUAUCAUCGAGUGGAGAAAAGACAGCCUUCUGCCCAAGGCACAAAAAUGACAUACUCAAAUUUUACUGCCGCACCUGCAGUGUGCCAAUAUGCAAAGAAUGCACGAUUAUAGAACAUCCUGCUGCUUUACAUGAUUACGAGCAUUUAGCAGAUGCUGGGCCUAAACAGUUAGAGCUUAUGCAACAAUCAGUAAAUGAAGCUAAAACUCGCGCCACUGAAAUAAGGCACGUAGUCAAGACUGUUGAACACGCUGCAGGCAAAUUACAAGUCCAAUAUCAUAAAGCUCAAAAUGAAAUUAAUGACACGUUUCAAUUUUACCGAUCCAUGCUUGAAGAACGCAAGCAAGAACUGUUAAAGGAACUAGAAAGUGUAUUUUCUACGAAGCAAAUUGCUCUUACUGUUGUCGGGCAAAAGGCUCAAGAAACAGUUGAUAAGAUCUACCAAACCUGUGAUUUUGUGGAACGACUGACUAAAUGCGCUAAUAUUGCAGACGUAUUAAUGUUCAGAAAGCUUUUAGACACAAAACUACAGACACUGAUGAGUUCUAAUCCUGAACAAAGUGUGCAAACUGCUUGCGAGCUGGAAUUUGUCUCUAACUAUCAAGCGAUACAAGUCGGAGUUAGAAACACGUUUGGUUACGUGCGCACUAGUACAGAAGCAAAUAUAGGACCUACUAAACAACCGCCAAUUGCGCGUCCUACAAACGGCUCCUUAAUUAAUGGUGGAUCCUCAUCUAGUAGCAGCAGCGUCAAUGGAAGUUCGGGCAGCCUCAAUGGCGGCAUCCACCUGCCAGCUGGGCUCAAUGGCGUACUAGAUCGCCCAUACACUAAUGGUUUACUAGGCCCCACCAGCCAAUCUACUUCACCAUUCGAAUCAAAUAUUAUCACGAAAAGAUUUAACAGCGCCACCAGUCUAGGGCCAUUUUCUACGACAAUUGGAGACAUCAACCUAAAUGGAAUCAAUCCAUACGAAAAGUGGUCAAACGGUGGCUGCGACUCCCUAUUCCCACCUACUGCUGCGGAUCCUUAUUCUCUUACAUCUGCUGGACAUAAUGAUCCCAUCUUAGACCUUACGAAUAAACUAAUCUCUACCACCAUUUUCCCCCCUAAAUCUCAAAUAAAACGACAAAAAAUGAUUUAUCACUGCAAGUUUGGUGAAUUUGGGGUAAUGGAGGGGCAGUUUACUGAACCGAGUGGAGUCGCAGUAAAUGCCCAAAACGAUAUAAUCGUUGCCGAUACCAACAACCAUCGUAUACAAAUAUUUGACAAAGAAGGUCGUUUCAAAUUUCAAUUUGGCGAAUGUGGCAAACGGGAUGGUCAGCUCUUGUACCCGAACAGAGUGGCUGUAGUCCGUACAUCUGGAGAUAUAAUUGUCACUGAGAGAUCUCCAACACACCAAAUUCAAAUAUAUAACCAGUAUGGUCAAUUUGUUCGCAAAUUCGGCGCUAACAUCCUACAGCACCCUCGCGGCGUCACGGUAGACAACAAAGGACGCAUUGUCGUCGUAGAAUGCAAAGUGAUGCGCGUUAUUAUUUUUGAUCAAGUCGGCAACGUGUUACAGAAAUUCGGAUGUUCUAAACACCUAGAGUUCCCCAACGGCGUGGUCGUAAAUGACAAACAGGAAAUAUUUAUAAGCGACAACCGUGCGCACUGUGUAAAAGUGUUUAAUUAUGAAGGCAUUUAUUUGCGCCAGAUUGGCGGAGAGGGAGUGACAAAUUACCCGAUUGGCGUGGGCAUCAACGCUGCUGGUGAAAUUCUUAUUGCCGAUAAUCACAACAACUUCAAUUUAACAAUAUUUACACAAGACGGGCAGUUAGUGUCAGCAUUGGAGAGUAAGGUAAAACAUGCGCAGUGCUUCGACGUCGCUCUGAUGGACGACGGCUCGGUCGUGCUCGCCAGCAAAGACUAUAGGUUGUACAUCUAUCGCUACGUGCAAGUCCCGCCUAUAGGUAUGUGAGCCUCACGCUCUGAUCACAGGAGAUCGGAAUGACCGAACCAUAAGCCAAAAAUCGACACUUACAAACGCAAGUAAUUAAGGUGAUGAAAUCAACGGAUCUGGCCAUAUGUGUCAAUUUUUGAUUAGUUCAAGUGAUGAUACAAAGUGUAAACGAAUGGAACUUGCAAUAUGUAUUAGUGCAAGUGUAAGAUUACGGCUGUCUCGAUGUGAUCAUAUGACUAACGAUGAGAAUUUUACGUUUUCCUCGAUCAAUGAGAUCUCUGUAUUUCUAAUGAAAACUGUAAUGAGAUUAGUUGAUAGUAUUGACAUUGUUAUUCGAGUACCUAUUGAAGGAUAGAGAUUAUUCCGUUGGAUUGAUCCAAACAUUGCGAACGGUGUUCUCGACCCUAUCAUUUUUAAUCUAUUGAAUAAUAUUUUUUCAUAUCCCACAUCGUUAAAUUAGGGAUGAAUAUUAAGGGCAUUUGUAUUAUUUAGCCCAUUUGUUGGACCAAUAUUUUAACUAUUACUUAACAAAUUGUUAGGCGUUAAGCGUGUGAUUUUAUCGUAAUAAGAGAGCAUCGAGCGGAUUGUUGUUAGUUUUAAGGGAAUUCUUCGGCACAAUGGCACUUCCUGUUUUUAAUUAGCACUUAUUCUGUGUCGAUUGAAAUAUGAUUAUGAAACUAAGUAAGAUGUUGUUACAUUAUUAUUAGGUAAGUGUUAAAUUGAUUGAGCUGAUAUGGACAAUCUUUAGUUACUACCCCUCAUAAUGUAGUUACAAAAUUUUAGGGAUAUGUGAUGUUAGGGGUUUUAUCAAUGACGAAGUUGACUGCGGCGUUCCUUGCGUACUGCAAUAGGUCCUUAGAAAUCUCACUAAAGAACUAUUGAUGGCGAAAUAUUAGAACAGUUAGCAUCACAAAGAGUGAUCGAGUCUAAAUGUUUUAUAUACUUCAAUUAUUUCUGAAGUCUUAGUACCCUAGUAUUUUAUUAAAAACAGGCGAAGAAUUGAGUACUAUAAAGCAUUUUAGAUUUACGUUAUUUCUAAAUAAACAAGUUGAAGUUUUUUUUACAUUGUCGGACAAUAUUUUUUAUCUGCACUGACUGACCGAUGUCAUUACCGCCUAGUCACUGAGAGCCCACGGAUCUUAGUUUCUACAUUGUUUUAACGAUUAGUAACAUUUGGUUGAUAAUAAUGUUGUUCGUUUUUUAUACAUGCUAGUAUUUGAUUUUUUUUUUAUUGGACAGUAGUAACUCAUAGCGUACUUUAGAAAAUCGUCGUCUCGCUAGAUUUUUUAUUAACUGAUGAUUUUUUCGGACAUUAGGUAUUACAUAUAUUAAAGCUCGUGUGUUAAAAGUAAUUAUACACUUUGUUAUUCUGGUAAGAUAUUUUUUAUAUGGAAACAAUUUUAUUUUUGUAGUAAGUAGACUUACGGUGCAUGUGUACAUUUUAGGUUUUUCGUAUUUUAUGAAUAUUGUGCUACAAUUUUUUUCUUUAUUGCCGUGUGUGUGUGUUAGCAGAAUUAUUUUAGUUUGAUUUCAUUAGUUUUGGUUUUUUAUUUAGUGAAUAAUGGUUUUUAGUAUUUUUUGCUGAAUCUAUGACAAUAAAGAGAUCUGAAACGGAAUACCAUCUCGAUCGUGGGCCUUUGUUCUUUUGAUCUGCAUUUUUGUUAGGAAAUGAGUCCUUGCGAUUUGAUUCGAUGAUAUUCCUUAUAAUCGUUAUUGAAGACACGUCGACCGCCACUGAAGCACCCAUGCUUUGCUACACCUGCGUCACAUGUGCCAUAACAUCAUGUUGUGAUUUAAUAAGUGAUAUUUAGUUGUUUGUAAAUAUGUACCAUAUUUUCAUAUGAUAAAUCUAAUCGAGGUCUGAAAUCUAACGGCAUUAUAGUGCAAGUCCGACCUCAUUAUUGCAACGACUCUAAAGAGGACCAAUAAAUUUUAUACCCAAUCAUUUUUAUAAACCUAACGAAUUUACUUGCUCUGAUCGGUGAAUCGAAUAAAUGAUAAAUUUAAGCACUAAUCAUGUCGAUGGACGGCCCAUUUCUUGUUUAUUUCCCGUUACUUCUAUGACAUUGCAAAGAAUCGUGCUUCCAGAAAGGGAAGGUCUUGACGUGUCUUCGAUUUUAUUAGUUAUUUGCCCUUAAUAAGUAUCCACUAGAUUAGGUGAAUUGCAAUAAGAAUCUAAUCUUAGUGUCAAAAUUUCAGUGAUUUGUCACCAAUGAUUUUAUUAUAGACUGCCCUGUUCCUAAUUAAUUAUACCUGAGAUCAGGUCGUAUUGUACUGCGCUUAAUCUACUGGUGUUGAACUUACUUAAUCGUAGUAUGUUAUUUCAAUCAUGGCGUCGAUGGAUCUGCUUCACCUCAGUUUUUUAUCACAAAUUAUUUCGACUGCAUGUUUUUAUUUCAUUUAUCUAUAGAAAGAAUGAUUUACUUAAUAAUAUGAAUUUAUACCUAUGUACCUCUAUGUUAUUUUUAUUUGUUUUAAUAAACUGAGGUUAUGUUAGAACUAUUGUGUAAUAUUUAGGUUUAAAUUAUACAUGAUUUUAUUCGUGAAAUUAAGCGCUUGCAUCCAACUUGAUGAAGUUGAUACUUUGCGAAUAAAAUUAGUUUGGUAACAAUAUACGCUUCCACUUAAUUCAGAUCGACGUAUUAUAUUUAAUUAAGUAGUAAUAGUGUUAGUUCUUCAUUAAGUAUUAAAGUAGACAACUACGCCAUCCACUAAAGCUCACACAUUUAAAGGAUUUUUUAAAACACCGCCUUAUUUUCUUUUGUCAAAUAUAUGUCAGCGUGAGGUCAGCACUUUUCACUUCUUCUUUCCUUUGAGCUUCUUAUCCAUUCUUACAUUUGCUAACCAUCUGUAAUUUUUAUCUGUUGACCGUUGAUAAAUUUAUGUCAAACUGAAAUUUGGUUACUUUUAUUUAUAGCGAAAAUGAUUUUUAUUUAAGUUCCAAUUUUAAUGAUUACUUUAAUCUUAUUUUUCGUUCACAUAUUUUUAAUGUAUUUGCAUAAUAUGUACCUUAUUAGCAAAAUGAUUUCAUUGCUGGAAACAUUUCAUUCUUUAAAUUGCAUUUCUGAAGGUUCGACUGAUUAAAAUUGAAAAUGUUUUGUCUUUAAAUAUAUUUUGUCGAUGUUUGUUGUUAUAAUUAUUAUAUUUUUUUAAUUAUUUGUAUAAACAAUUGUUCUUUAAAUU